AUGGAGGAAGGAAAAGAAAUGGCAGCACAUUGCUCAAAUCAUGUGAUUGAAGAAAAACUGGGUAGUUGCAUGAGCAAUGAAUUGCCUCUUCUGACUGAUGAAAAGUUUGAUUUUGACCUUUCACUCUCUCCAGCAAGUGGAAAUGAAGAUGAAGUUUUUGUUGGACCAUUGGGACACAAAGAAAAAUGUGUUGCUGUCAAUAUUGAAGCAAAAAAAAGUGCUGAAGAAAAGACUGCACCUGCUUUGGAUGAUAAACUCAUGUGGAGCCCACUUACAGGAGAGAAAUUUGUGGAAAUUUUUAAAGAAGCUCAUUUGUUAGCACUGCAAAUAGAGACUGAAAGCAAGAAUGAGCAGACUAAAAUAAGCCAGUCAGAAGAACGGGAAAACAAGAUUAUAGAAAAGUUUGUGGAAGACUCAAAGUCAAAACUGAAACUACUGAGACACCAAAAUAUAGCGAAAAGUCCCAGGGCUGUUAAAAGGGAGACAUACUGUGUGUGGGAUAGCCCAGCGUGUCAGCUGCCAACCUGUUUUCAGGAGUCGAAUAAACUUUUGUCAGGUGACGAAACACAUGCUCUUCAUACUCCUCCAAACAGAAGCCCUGUUAAAAUUGGUGUGUACCCUACAAAAAUUGCCAGUUCGCCUCUGCCACAAGAAGAGAAAACUAAGGAAAGAAAGGCAACUGGCAAACUGCCAAUAGCAAAACCUUCAUCAACUCUUGGAAAAAGCAAUUUGUUGACUACUGAAAAGCCCAAACUAGGAAAACAUACUGGUAUUUCUACAAAAAGAGACUUGAACAGCAUGGGAUCAUCUGAAGAUCUAAUUUCUGAUAAAUCUAGUGCUGCUUCAGAUGUCUUUGAGUCUUCGUUCAAUGGCAGUUCCUCAGUGCAAGACAAGAAAGCCCUUCCUGCACCAACGAAGCCUGGCUUAAAGAAGACAACACAUCUGAAACUUCCUGGUGUUGCCAGUGGUCUUACAAGAAAAACUACUUCAUCUUCGUCAUCAGUUUCCAGCAUGAACUCAAGUCUGAAUUCAAGUUUAUCCAUUUCUCCCAUAGGAAAAAAUGGAAAACCAAGCAUGUCUUCAAAAGCUAAUGUGAGUGGCUCUAAGCUUUCAUCGAGUACAAACAGGCUGGCCCUUGUCAGACCUACCAGAGUGUCGUCUCUGCAGGCUACCAAUAUAGAGACAUCCAGGAAGCAAGCAAGAUCAGCCAGUACUCCCAAAAUGUCUAGUGCCGUAAGCUUGGCUAAACCUUCAGCUUCCGCAGCAUCGUCUGAGGUUGUAGGCAGUGGAAUUCAGAGUCUGAGCUCUGUUCCCAGUCUGCAGAAGCUAUAUCAGCAGAAUAAAGAUGGAAGUGCAACAAAAGGAAGCCUGUGUCCAAAGCCCAAGGCUAGACUUUCGUCCAUUCCGACAAGUCAAACCAAGGCUCCAGUGAAGACUGGAGAUACACCACUGAACAAAUCGGCACCAAAAGCUACAUCAUCUCUUGGAUUAACGUUUUGUGGCACACUUGGAAGUGCCAUGGCAGUUAGCACUCCUGUGAAAGCUUCAGAAGAUGGGAUCCUUCAGAAUUCUUGUUUUCCCGAGAGGUCUGUCGCCAUGACUCCUGCCAGUCUGAAACGGUCUGGCUUACCUACACCUGUUCGUCGUAUCUCAGGAUUUCCAGCGGUGACUCCUAAAACUGCACCAAGAAUGGCAUUUUCUCCAUGUGCUGCAUCUGUUCGCCAAAGUUCCACCCUUUCUACCAAAAAGACUUUUACACUUGGUUCUAAACAGACAAAAGAGAGUAAGACACAGAUAUCAUCUUCAGAAGAUGAUGUAUCUCCUCCACCUGUGCUUCCUCUUGCACUUAACUUCUCACCAGAAAAGAAUACAGAAGUAGUGGAAAAUGAAUUAAAAGAGGCUGAAGUACAAAAUCAGCUGGCUGAAGAGAAACAAGCUGAGGCCUUACUGGUAGAUAUUGGAGUAGACAAAUCUCUCCCACACGCUUUGGAAGGUGAAAGCAGACCUCUGAUUGACCUUUCCAAUACUCCUGAAGUGAGUAAGAUUACUCCUCUAAAGCCUACAUUUGCAGGGCAUGUGAAGCUAAUUGAUUUGAGUUCACCUCUUAUCACUCUGAGUCCUGAUGUAAACAAAGAAAAUCUGGAUUCCCCUCUACUCAAGUUCUGA